AUGUCUUGCUGUGAGUCUUGUCUCCAAGGAUGCUGCAGCGUCCCCACUGGCCCUGCCGCCACCAUCUGCUCCUCUGACCUAUGCUGCCAAUGUGGAGUCUGCCUGCCCAGAACCUGUCCUCACGAGAUCAGCCUCCUCCAGCCCACUUGCUGCGACACCUGCCCCCCAGCCUGCUGCGUGCCUGACUCCUACGUGCCAUCAUGUUGGCUGCUCAACAGCUACCACCCUACUCCAAACCUGAGCGGAAUCUCUGUCACAACCUGCGUCCAGCCCUGUGAGUGUGAAACACCUUGCUGCUAG